CGUUAUAGCUGAUUUGUUUAGCGAUACCAGAAUACUUUGGGUUUGGGGACACGAUGUACUGACGGCUUAAGGGCCAUGAUAUGAUUAGGCUGCGUGAAAAAUGAACGAAUUGCAUGCAUUUGAUAGAUAUUAGUGGGGUUACAGAUUAGACGACACGCCACUUGUCAUUCUCAACGUGACAAGUGCCUCGGCCUAGUCCGGUGAAUCGGUCAGUGUUUCAAAUUAAGUUGAAUUAAUCGAACGUUAAAACACAGGCAUUAGAGCAGAUUUUACUGGACUGUUGAGCAGGCGUGGCGGUAGUCAAGAGUCUCCUGGCAUCUCAGUAGAUUGUUCUCAUUCAACAGCCCUAAGUAGACACCACACAAUCACUGCUUGUUAUUGUAAUGGGGAGCUCGACUGCAAUGUCGAACACGGUGGUUAUUGUUCAUACAUUUGUCCCAGAUGAUAAUGAAAUGUAAAAACGUGAUGUUAAGUCGCCAGUUUGUGUGAUUUAACUCCUACCUCCUCUGUAUGAAACAUCCCUUGUUUGCACUCAGUGCUUGAGCAGAAUGUUAUUUCAGUUUUAGCGCUGAACAAAAACAAAAUUUGGCAUUUUCAGCUGGAGAAUAUUUGUUCAUGGGGUCAUUCAAGUGUUCAUGUGGGACUUUGAUCGAUCUGAAAUCAGAUUCUUUACGCUGCGCAGCGUCUCUGAGCGCACCCGGAAGUCGCUGGUUAUUAUUGCCGCCUGAUUUAACUGUCAUCGCCCGUCAAAUCUGACGGAUUGUUGGUAGAUGUCGAUUUCGUAAUAUUUUACAUGAUAGUAGCAUUUUAUGCUAAUAGUGCACAUUUUAGCCAACUGUUUAGUUAAAAAAUGAGCAUGAGUAACGUUGUAUGACGUCCACAAGAUGGAGCCAAGAGAUUUCACAAAUCUCUUUUUUUUACGUUAUUCAGUGAUAUUAUAAUUACUACUAAUUAUUGUACAAAGAAACAAAUAAAGAGGGAUAUACGUAAGGAAAUCUACACAAUGGCAUUUAUAAGUACACGAAAGAGACUGCGGAGUUAGUACUCACGUGCUCUUCUGAGGUAAAAUACGUCGCGAGUUGACUGCUUUCCUCUGAAUGCAGUUCUGUAUUUCUCCGCAUUUAAACGUUGUAUUAAACUUGUAUUUCUUCGGUAAAACUUCCCAUACAAUCAGAUAUUGGUUCUGUUGUUUGCAGCUGUCUGUCUUUUGGCCGGUUUUGAUUUGUGUAUGGAAGGCCAGGCAGUGGUCAUCUGCUCGUGUUAUUAAUAGUAAAUCUCCUCCCCCAAUAGCGCGGCUUUACACACUCACGAGCAAAACGACGGAAACCCGGGUCAUUUAACUUAAAAAAAUAAAUAAAUUGGGCAACGAUGCUUUGGGAUUAAAUUAUGUUUAUUACUAUAAUGCACACAAAAUAAAUGUAUAAGUAAAAACCAACCAAAAUUAACCAUGGUUUUACUACAGUAAAUAAUGGUAUUUGUAGUAAAUCAGUAAAUCACACAUUUAGUGUGGUUUCACUAUGGAGUCUAUAGUUUAUAAAUUGUUAACAUAAACUAUAGUUUGUUAUAUGUUACAUAAAUUGUUAAUUUAAAACUUCUGUGAUGGGCAAACAUCAAAUGACCUCAACAAAUUUAAGAAAUGUAAAAUAUCAUUGAUUCUGUAUAAAAGUCAGUCAGACAGUUGUCAAACAGAAUGUCCUUAUUGAUACUUUGAUCAUUAUAUGUAUGUAACAGCAGGUGGGGGGUCUAAAAUUUCACGAGGUCAUAAUAUAAUGGUGAGAAUUGAGUUAUUAAUGUGUUUAAGUGUUUUGUUUAUGUGUUUGCACAUGUGAGGUGGGGGGGGGGUUGUCUAGUGACCAAAUGUAGUGGAGAGCAGGAGGGCGAGAAAGGGCAGGGUAGAGUUCUAGAGAGAGAGGGAGAUUUAUUUCCACAGCUGACUGUGAAGCUCCAGUCCCACACUGGAUUUAGAGCUUUGAGAGGGAGUGACGGAAAACAGUGAGAAAGUUACAAAGCAGAGAAAUAAAGAGAUAAUAACAUGGACACUUUAGCUUUAGAGGCCACACAGCCCAAAAAGGCUCAGAAUGGAGCCGUGGCAGCAGUGCCCGCAACCUCCGGCCCUGCCAAACGCAAACCUGCGAAAAAAACUAAGAAAGCUGUGGUCUUUUUUGAGGUGGAGAUUCUGGACGCCAAGACGAAGGAUAAGCUCUGCUUCCUGGACAAGGUUGAGCCCAAUGCAACGAUCGGGGAAAUCAAAUCCAUGUUUCACAAGAGCCACCCACAGUGGUAUCCUGCUCGACAGUCCAUUCGUUUGGAUCCCAAGGGGAAAUCGCUGAAGGAUGAAGAUGUGCUACAGCAUCUGCCUGUGGGAACGACAGCAACCUUCUACUUCAGAGACCUGGGAGCGCAGAUCAGCUGGGUCACAGUGUUUCUGACGGAGUAUGCCGGCCCACUUCUGAUUUACUUGAUGUUUUACUUCAGAGUUCCGUUUAUUUAUGCACCUAAAUAUGACUUCACCACCAGCAAACACUGGGUUGUACAUUUGGCGUGCAUGUGUCACUCUUUCCACUACGUUAAGAGACUUCUAGAAACGAUGUUUGUCCACCGCUUCUCUCACGGGACGAUGCCUCUCCGCAACAUCUUCAAGAAUUGCACAUAUUACUGGGGAUUUGCUGCUUGGAUGGCUUAUUACAUCAACCAUCCGCUGUACACACCACCAACAUAUGGAGAACAGCAGAUCAGACUGGCCCUCAUUGUUUUCCUGUUUUGUCAGAUCGGAAACUUCUCCAUCCACAUUGCCCUGAGAAAUCUCCGGCCACCAGGAUCUAAGACGAGAAAGAUCCCGUACCCCACUAAAAACCCCUUCACCUGGGUCUUCCUGCUCGUCUCCUGCCCCAAUUACACCUAUGAGCUGGGCUCGUGGCUAGGCUUCACACUGAUGACGCAAUGUCUUCCUGUGGCGUUUUUCACCCUCGUGGGUUUCAUCCAGAUGACCGUGUGGGCGAAAGGAAAGCACCGCAGCUACCUGAAGGAGUUCCGCGACUAUCCGAAACUCCGCUCUCCGAUCCUGCCCUUCGUCCUAUAGGACAGUCACGCAGUAUUCCGCUCGGCUUUUAAUCCUCACUCACGCCAUUUUAUACGGCUCAUGUCCUGUCUAGCAACUUUAUCUAUUUGUUUGUCUCCCUAAAAGUCCCUUUUACAUCCAUCUUUCCUGCAACGGCUUACAAUCUUUCUGUGAUCAACUGGAACAAUCUGAUUCGGAACAAUUGUCUGCUUGGAUCCACAACCGAACCUCUAUGACAGCUUGAUGUGAAUACCUCAGCGUGUGAGAAGAGACCUGGAUAAACCUCAGCGACACUGUCAAGAACAUGUCUGGGUCAUAUUUCACCCAAACAUCAAAAACAAAGCCUAUUCAUAGAAUCUUUAAAGAUUUUUGCAUCGUGACAUACCUACCUAAUUCUCAGUAGUCUACUGAAAUGCAAAAAUAAAUAAUACACUACAUUUAUGUACUUUUGUAUGUAUUCAUUAUGAUAGUAUUUGCUGUGCUGACUUUUUGGAUGGGAUCGUUUUCUUUACUGUAUUGGAAAUGUGACAUUUUUCUGUUAUGAUUCUUGGGAGUCAGAGCUCCCCCUGCUCAAGGUUUUAGUGUAAACAGUUAAUUAGCCAUUAACUUAGUACACAUAGGACCCAUUUCACAGACACGGCUUUGCUUAAGCCAGGACUAUGCCUUAGUUAAAUUAUGAUAUUUAAGUCGCUUUAAUUAAAAUGCCUUAGAUCAAAACAUGUUUGUUUUCAGACAAAGCUCUGGCACUGACAAUAUUUUAAGAUAUGGCAGGGCAAUUUAUUUUCAGUAAAGACAGCUCAAAUUUGCAUUUUAGUCUGGGACUAGCCCUAAGCCUUGUCUGUGAAACCGGGCAAUAGUUGACAAAACAAGUGGUCCAGACAUCCGUUAUCUGUCGAGUAAGCUAUAAAUGAAAGAUUAAAUAGCUAUAAUACAACCCAUGUUGUUCUCUAUUUUGGACCACUUUAAAACACACAGAAUUUGGAUUAACAUAACUGAACCAAUGAAUCAUUUUACAAAAAUAUCUGUUAUAAUUUUCUUUUUUCGAAAUAUUUUGGGGUGCAUUAUGACCUGUUACCUUGUGAGUCCCCAAUAGUCUCAUUAAACGUUUAAAGAGGCUUCAAAGGGCAAAGAUGUAUUUAGGUCUUUGCCCUUUUCUUGCGUUCUGUAUCUGUUUUAAUGAUUGCACUGAUAUGCAUUGAUCAUUGGGCUGGAUAUGAUUUCAAUAAUAAUGUUCUGCUUUUUGCUUAGUGUGAAACUAACCAAUCAAAGACAAGACCACUGACUGUAUUCAACACUGUAGAGUUUCCUUUUAACAUGUGACACUAAAGGUAAUGACACAAACUGCAGUUAUCAGACUGAUCUCGCUGACGUUUUCUUGACCUAACAGUAAUAAUUUAUAUUAAACAAGAAAAAAAUGUAAUCGUC